AAUUUAUAUGUUUUAUUUGUCGCAGAGUUUUCUAUUAAAAAUUUUUGUACUUUCCUCCGUGAUUGAAAAUUGUUGUUAAUUAAUCUAAUUGAAAAAUAGAAUGUACAGUGAAACUAAUUAAUCUACUGAUAUUACGGCUUAAGAAAUAGUUGGAUCAAACGAAAAUUAUAAGAAAACGCGAAAAUGUCGUUUCCAUCUCAACCAUUACCAAAUGGACUUCCAGCGGCAACUCAAUUAGAUUCAUACAACAAAUUUCAACCUCCAUCAAUCACUGGACAAUAUCAGCCGCAGCCACCAAUGACUCAUCAAAUGCAAAAUAAGCUGCCGCCCCAUCAGCAACUGCCACCACAAAAUCAAGCGCAACAAUUCAACUCUCAAUAUAUACAACAACAGUUUCCGCAAAAUCGCCAACAAUCGUUAUUGGUGAAUGGUGGAAGCAAUUCGUCCUCUCGGACCGCAUCACCGGCACUUAAUCAAUCCAUAAAUUCUGCGCAUUUACCACCGAGCCAACCAUCUAAGCAAUUCGUCGGUUCGUCGCAGAUGUCUAGUCAAAAUCAGCAUUUGUUUCCACCAUCUCAGCCGGGAUCGUUACAUGGAUCGACACAAAAUUUAUCCGGUCAGAAUGUGGCGAAUCCGAACGUAGCUAAUUUAGCAACGAACAUGCAGAAUAUGAACAUAACGAACGGUCAGCAUAGUGGAAAUGUAGCAACGAAUCCCUAUGCACCAAAUCUAGUGAACGGAAAUGUAAAUCCUCUCAAUGCGUCGCGAAUGCCACCAAAAAUUAAUUCCGAAUUUCCGGUAAAUGGUUCGUCGAAUCAACAACCCUUGGGUCCUACCAUGCAAAAGCCGCCAAAUUUACAAUAUCAUCAAAACAUCAAUGGACAAAUGCCGCCACAGCAACUUCAAAAGCAACAAUAUCCAUCGAUGCCGCCGUUGAAUAAUCAUUUGAAUCAGGCCACACCACCCAACUCGAACAUUCAAACUCCGCCGCAGCAACCAUACAGUCAAUCUCAUACGAAUCAAAUGAUUCCGCCUGGUCCAGCAGCAACUCAGACCCAGUAUCCCAAUCAAUUUCCGAAUAACAAUCAACCGAACGCUGCUCCACCACUCUAUCCACCAACAACUAAUUCAGCAGCGGGACCACCUUUAACUAACGCAAAUAAAAGGCCCAUGUAUCCACCUCAGACAUCAGCUCCACCAAUGCAACAGCAACAUCAACAACAACCACAACAACAGAGACAACAGCCACCUCCGAUGCAAAAUGCCUAUCCGUCGCAGCAAAGCAACGUGUUUACCGGUCAAACAAACAAUGCUCCGAUUCAAUAUCAAAAUGCCAAGCAAUCGAAUUAUCCUCAGAAUCCGAUGGGUGUGACGCAGCAAGGAUUCAAUAAAAUGUGGGGACAUGAGACUGUUGAUCUAAUGCAACAGCGUCACAUUCUCCCAACAUCAAAGGUUGUUCCACCAGCUAUUGAACUAGGCCACGAAUUUUACGAGUCAGUCAACUGUAGUUCAGACAUUUUACGGUGCACCAUCACCAAAAUUCCGGAAAGCAACAGUCUGCUACAGAAGUCCAGGCUUCCAUUGGGAAUUUUGAUUCAUCCGUUCAGAGAUUUAAAUAAUUUGCCUGUGAUUCAGUGUUCCACUAUUGUUCGGUGCCGAGCUUGUAGGACCUACAUUAAUCCAUUCGUUUCGUUUGUGGACAGUAAAAAAUGGAGAUGCAAUUUGUGUUAUCGUGUCAAUGAGUUACCAGAUGAAUUUCAAUACGAUCCGGUUAGCAAAUCAUAUGGAGACGUAACUAGAAGGCCUGAAGUGAAAUCGAGCACCAUUGAAUUCAUUGCCCCAUCCGAAUAUAUGCUACGACCGCCUCAACCGGCCAUAUAUCUGUUCUUAUUGGACGUAUCACAAAUAGCCCAACAAUCCGGUUACUUGGAUGUUGUCUGCCAGCAAUUAGCCGAUCAUCUUGAAGAUUUACCUGGCGAUGCUCGCGCCCAAGUCGGAUUCAUUGCGUACAACAGUGCGGUGCAUUUCUAUUCGAUUGCCGAGGGAUUCAAUCAACCGCACGAAAUUACCGUUGUCGAUAUUGAAGAUCCGUUUUUACCUUGCCCGGAUAAUUUGUUGAUCAAUUUGAAUGAAUGCAAGGAAUUGAUAAAAGAUUUACUGUGUCAAUUGCCGAAACGGUUUGCCAAUUCGUAUGACUCUAAUUCAGCCCUCGGAGCAGCGCUACAAAUCGCUUAUAAAUUGAUGCAUCAACCUGGCGGUAGAGUUACAGUUUUUCAAACUUGUUUGCCAAACGUAGGACCGGGAGCUUUAAAAUCUAGGGAAAAUCCAAACGAUCGAUCAGCCAAAGAAAUUCAACAUUUAGGACCAGCAACUGACUUUUAUAAACGUUUAGCCCUCGAAUGUUCCGGACAACAAAUAGCCGUUGAUGUUUUCUUGCUCAACAGUCAGUAUAGUGAUCUAGCAACGAUAUCUGGAAUCAGUAAAUUCAGUGGUGGAUGCCUACAUCAUUUCCCGCUUUUCAAUAGCUCCAAGACCCAACAAGUAGAGCAAUUCAAAAAAUGUCUAGAACGUUACCUCACCCGCAAAAUUGGAUUCGAAUCAGUUAUGCGAGUUCGAUGUACUCGUGGCUUGGCAAUACAUACAUUCCAUGGAAAUUUCUUCGUUCGAUCGACUGAUCUGCUAUCUCUCCCGAAUGUGAAUCCAGACGCCGGUUUCGGCAUGCAAAUAUCGUACGAGGAGAGUCUUACCGACACAAAGACUGUGUGCUUUCAAGCUGCCUUACUGUAUACCAGUAGUAAAGGUGAACGCCGCAUCCGAGUUCAUACUCUCUGUCUACCCGUCACUUCAAGUCUGUCGGACGUUAUGCAUUCAGCUGAUUGUCAAGCGAUUAUCGGACUCAUUUCAAAAAUGGCAGUGGAUCGAUCGCUGCAAACUAGCAUAACGGACGCUCGGGAUGCAUUCAUAAAUGCUUCAGUGGAUGUGUUUAGUGCGUUUAGAGUGGCACAGAAUUUACCGACUGGUUCUCAAGGCCAAUUGAUAGCACCAACCAAUCUGUCAUUGUUACCUUUAUACAUGUUGGCGCUGUUGAAACAUAUAGCUUUCCGUACCGGUACCAGUACUCGUUUAGAUGAUCGUGUAUUCGCUAUGUGCGAACUGAAAACUAUGCCUUUGGAUCAAUUGAUUCGGAACAUUUAUCCGGAUUUCUAUCAUUUGGACAAUUUGUUUUAUCAAGCAACUGAUGACAACGAAGAAAAUAAAUACGAUCCACCACUGCUGCAAUUGUCGGCUGAAAGACUUGACUCACGGUCAGUGUUCAUGUUGGAUACUGGAUUACAAAUACUUAUUCUUGUUGGAACGAAUGUGCCUCCUAGUAUUUUGAAAAAUGUAUUUGGAAUAUCGUCAGUUAACGAAAUACCAGACCAAUGUUACGAUCUACCAACAACUGGAACGCCGGAAAAUGAAGCCUUACACACAUUUAUUGAAGCGAUUAGCGUAGAUAAACCAUACACGGCGACAAUACAAAUUAUUAGAGACAGUAGUCCGUUUAGAACAACGUUCACCGAAAAGCUCGUCGAUGACCGAUCCGAAAGUAGUUUAUCGUAUUAUGAGUUUAUACAGCAUUUACGUUCGCAGGUGAAGUAGGAUGACUAGUCCGUGACGUUUUUAUGUUUUUAUUAUAUUUUUUUUGUCGAACCCAAAAUGAACAGCGACCAUGUAUAAAUAUCAAAAUGAUUCGAUUUGAAUAAUGUACUUGUAUUUGUUGUGGAUCAUAUAAAGUAAAAAUUCAAAAUAAAGAAACCGAAGAAGAAGAAGGAAAUAAAUAAAUUACAAAAAAACUAAAAGUGUUAAUGGAAAUGAAUCAAAUGCGAUUCGAGUGCUUUUAAUCGAAUUGAAAUUAUGUUUAAAACAAAAUCCCAUUAAUCCAAUUGUGUAGACAUUUUUCAUUUCUAAAUUAUUUCCCUUUUUUAUUUCCCCAAUUUAAUAUCACUUUUUUGUAGCCGAAACUUAAUUCUCUGUCGAUUAAGAAAAUUGUGAACUGAAAUAAAUUAUUAAAUUCAAACAUCGGCUGAAAUCAUCUAUAAAAUAUUCAUUUCAAAUUUGUAAACGUUUCAUAUGUUAUCGUAUUUAAGUCACACGUAUAAACAGAAUGGAAGCAUUGAAAACUGAAAACGAAAAUAUUCAAAAAUUGAAACUAAAAACAAACUUUUUAAAUGAAAAAAGUAGCAAAUAAAGGAAUGGAUUGUAUUGAGAUAAUAAAUAUAAAAAAAGAAAAUAAAAAUAAAAAAACACUUUGUAUAGGGAAUAGGAAAAUAUAAAUAAAAGAAAUCGAGAAGAAGAAGAAGAUAAAUAAAAUAAUUGGAAAACGAGAAUGACCACAGAACAUUACGCACUGCUGGUAUAUUGUGAUUGCGAAUACUGUUAUUUUACUGAUAUAGUAAAUAAAAAAUCAAGAAAAUCUUUAUGAUAAUAAUUAAAAA